AUGUCGGAGCGCAGCAACGUCUCGGCCUCUGGCCCCAGAGCCAAUCCUCUCUACGGCGGACCAGCUAACCCCAGCGCGGGAAACCGGACUCCUUCAUGGGCGCGAAAAUCCGGCGCAGGCGGUGCCCGACCGUCGUUCAGCGAUGCCGCCUCUUCCCCCCCUGAUUCCCCCGCGCGCUCCGCCCGCAGCAACAACGGCCCGUCGUACUAUGCCCCGCACUACGAGCAUCCCGGCUACACUGUCGAGACGCCCGGCGCGAACGACCCUAUGCUGGGGCAAUCACCCUUCCGCGCGCCCCCUUACUACGUGCAGACCCCCGCGCACUCCGAACGUCCCGGCUCCCCCAUGUCGUCGGUCCCCGACUCCCCGGCGCACACCAUGUCGUACGACAUGCGCAGCGUGCGGUCCGGGAAGCCAGGCUCGUCGCGCGUCUACGGCGCGCCGGCUCGCGCGGCCGUGACACCGCUCGCGUCGCGGAUCAACGAGGAGGGCGACGAGGAGGAGCAGCUGUACGAGCCGCCGGCGAAGGAGGCGUCGGGGGGACGGUCGAAGCGGAGCAAGCGGUUCUGGACGAUCUGCAUCGUGGUGGGGGUCCUGGCGCUCGUCCUCGCGGCCGUUGCGACGGGGAUCGCGCUUUACUACGUGUUCCAGCCGGAUGCUCCCACGUACACCUUCGAUUAUGCGACGCUCAACGAGUUCCAGAUCGUUAACAAGCUCGCCGACGGUACCGGCUUGCCGACGGACCAGCUUUUCGCCAACGUUACUUUCGUCUUUUCUGCGAUCAACCCGAACGGAAAGUACACGCUACAGGGCGAUGGCGGUCUGCUGCAAGUCGGCUACAGCUCCAUUCCCACGCUCAUGCAAGGAGGGGUCCCCUACUUCGCUCUCAGUUCUAAGAACUUCACCAACUUCACGACCUCCGUGGGUGUAGCCAUGUACCCGUUAUACGGCGUGGGUCCGGGGCUGCGCCAGGACAUCAUGGCCGACCCUCAGUCCCCGUCUGUCCUUCCGCACUCCCGUGUUUUCCGCCUCUCCCGCGUGUGUCUCGCAGUGAACCCCCGAGUGCUCGUUCUCGCUCCAGAUGAGGACGUGGCGACGCGCAUAUUCCUCGAGUCGCAGGCGGGGCCGAACGUGGGCGUGUGCGUGCUGUCCGCCAACGGCUCUAUUUCCAGCGCCACGCUUCGAGACCCCUCUGGUGGCGCCAACACCACCAUUCACGAGGGUCGCUUUGAGCUGCUGAACAUGUCGGGCUCGUUUCUGCCGCACGACCCAGCGGACCCCGAUGGGCGCAUGGGCGGGCUGAGCGUGAGCCUCGUCAGCUCCAACGGCCGUGUGGUGGGCGGCGGUGUGGCGGGCCGCCUCGUUGCCGCCACGCCCGUGCAGGUGAGCAGCCCGUGCAGGUGA